CGAACGCGUGUGGGGCCGGGGCGGACGGGCCUGGCCGGGCUGUGAGAUAGGGCCAGAAGGGACACCUCGCUGCUGCUCCACCGCUGCUCGCCGCGCGCACAACAAGCGGGCCGACUUUUAUGAAUAUCUCGAGAUAAAACGACGGUUGGCGCUGGCGGAGCGGGCGCUGAGGAGGGCCGGGCGGGCAGUUUGCUGUUGUUUGUUUGCCUGCACGCGCAUAGCGCUGGCCCGCGAACAGCAUGCGGACUGACGUGGAGGAUGCGACGUCCAGGCCGGCUGACCCCGGCGACGGCGGGGGCAGCGGCAAACCGACGGGGAGAGAGACGGCCACCGCCGUGGAGCACCCCACAUCAUACUUGGAGACGCUCGUGCACUUGCUCAAGGGUAGCGUGGGCUCGGGGCUGUUCGCCAUGGGAGACGCCUUCCACAACGCGGGGCUCAUCGCCGGCCUGCUGUUCACGCUCUUCACCGGCACCGUGUGCGUUUACGCCCAGCACCAGCUCAUCACGACGUCGGCCGUGGUCUCUAGCCGUCUGGGCAUGGCCUACGCCCCGGACUACGCCGAGACGGCUGAGCUGGCGCUGCGCAUGGGGCCGGGAUUCUUCCCCAGGGUGGCCGUCGUGGCCAGGAGGCUGAUCAACACCCUCCUGUGCAUCACCCAACUGGGAUUCUGCUCCGUGUACUUCGUGUUCGUGGCCAGCAACGUUAAGAAGGUGCUGGACCACUACAUCAGCGUCGACAUCGACGAGCACGCGUACAUGGCCAUAGCUGUAGUGCCUCUGCUGCUACUCUCUUGGGUGCGCAACCUGAAGCACCUGGCACCGGUGUCGCUCGCUGCCAACGUCACCAUGGUAGCCGGCGUGGUUGUCACCCUGUACCUGUGCUCCAAGGACGGACUGCCCCCGCUGUCCGAGCGGCGCCUGGUCGCCGACUGGAACAGGUGGCCUCUCUUCUUCGGCACAGUGGUGUACUCCUUCGAGGCGAUCUGUAUCGUGAUGCCGCUGAAAAACGAAAUGAGGAACCCCAAAGACUUCUCCCGGCCGUUGGGCGUCAUGAACGUGGGCGCUGUGUUGACCGGCGUACUCCUCGUGUCCGUGGGGUUCAUCGGCUACCUUAAGUUUGGCGAUGCGGUCAAGGGCUCGCUCACCCUGAACCUGGACGACAGCGUUCUCAGCCACGUGUUGAUGGUCGGACUGUGCCUGGCCAUCAUGGGCACCUACCCGCUGCAGGCCUACGUGCCCGUGGACAUCCUGUGGCCGCCGCUGAGCCGGCGCCUCGGCGGGUCCGAGCCGUGCGGCCGGCACCCCGUGCUGGCCGAGCUGGGCUUCCGCUCGUGCCUCGUCAUCUUCACAUUCCUGCUGGCGGCGGUGGUGCCGCGCCUGGGGCUCUUCAUCUCGCUGGUGGGCGCGCUCUCCUCCACCUCGCUGGCCUUCUUCUUCCCGCCGCUGCUGGACUGGGCGUGGCGCUGGCGGGACGGGCUCUCCGCCUGGAGGCACGCCGUCAACGCCUUCAUCCUGCUCAUGGGGGUGCUCCUCACCGCCUGGGGCACCUACUCGGCGCUCCGCGAGAUCAUCGAGGCCAUGGCCGAGGAUCGGAGCUGAGAGGACGGCGUGGAGCGGCGGGGCCAGGCUACGGCUCUGCGCGACGCGGCGGCUCUCCGACCGUACGCAGCAGAUCCCCCCGCUUCUCACGACGAUUUGCGACUCCGGUCAGGCUUGUUGCGUAACGCACAGGUCGGCGCUUUGAGGUGCUCCCCGCACGACGUGGACCGGGUUUGGCCGCGUCCUCUUCAUGUCGGCUGCCGGAGAGGAGAGUCCCCCCGGCCCGGACGGCGGACAGGCAGACGGUGGACUCUAACUACGCCGUUCAAGGUCGCGGGCACGAGCGGCGGCGGUAUGCCCCCGCAGCUCCUCUCCUGGCUGGUGCAGUGCCUUCAUGUUUUCCUACACAAUUUAUCGCCGUAUUGAGUGCCGCGCCGCCGCCAUAUCGCGCAGUGUGGUGGGUCAAACACACGGCGGCCGCGGUGGCCGCAGCCGAGCGUGCGAACAAACCGCGGGAAUAUGCCGCGGCCGCGCGCUCUCCGGUCCGGCCCGGGGGGCGCCACGGGGGCCCGGGGGCUGCCGUGCCGAGGGCGCAGAUGGGGAGGAUGAUGACCGCGCGCUGCCCGGCCGGGUCGGCUGGGGGCGCCACGCGGGGCCCGGGGGGGCUGGAGCCGGCCGGGCGGCUGGACCGCGCCCCGCCGCGGCCCCCACCCCUGCCCCGCACCGCUCCGCGGCCGCCGUCGUCUCCAUACAACACGGCGCGCGCCGCGUGCUUCUCGUGCAGUCCGCCGCCGGCCAGCCUCCAGUGCGCUGUCCACGCUCCCGCUCCAGCAGCCCCGAGCUCCCUGACAUGCUGUUGCCGCUCCUCUUCGUGGCGUGCGCGCUGCUCGCGCCGGCGCGCGCCAAGGUGUACGAGCGGUGCGAGCUGGCCCGCGAGCUCAUGCACUCGCACGACGUACCCCGCGACCAGC